GGCACCGCGAAGGACAUCGGACCGGUUUCUCGAAAAGUUCAAUUUUCAUUCACCCGGUUGCAGUAGGCUGUGGUGGUAUAGCUUUGAAACGGAUUACGAAAAAAUCGCUAAAAAGCAACUAAAUACUGGUGUUUGGUGCCAAAAAGGCGCAUUUUGCGUGCCUUUUUGCGAUUUCAAUUGACAUUGCACGGAUUUCCUGAGGACUGGAUAAGGUGUCACUUUGAUUGGGUACAGUUGUUUAACUGGAAAGACUUGAGAUGGCUUCGUCAACCAAAUUUACGAUUUUAAUAACUUGGCUAUUGAUAUUCGCUACGAUUUCAACCUCCAGAGCAAUCGACAUUCCAGAGUACUGCGAUAGCCAUACAACGAUCACCAGUCAGUAUGAGGAGUACUUCGACAUCGACGAAAUGGGCAACAACCGCACCGAUCGAUCCGUCGUCGAUCUGAUCAUGUACGUACAGCUUUCGAACAAACAGGAAGAGAUAGCAUUCCUCCUCUCGGCUGAGAACCGAUCUCGCCAGCAUCCGGAUUAUGAGAAAACCUACGAAAUCCGUAUUAGCAACGUAUACACAGUCAUCUACAAGGAAACGCUUCGGAUGUCUGCUCAUCACAGCCAUUCUUUCAACUUUUUCCCGGAUGAACACUUCCAAGUUCACAUCCGGAUCACUCGAAAGGGAUUGAUAACGGUCAACAUCGAUGGGCUAGCUAAACCGAUCAUCUCCGUGAACGACGAAAAGCUGCCACCGGAAAUCCGUUACAUCAGCUUCGGCAGCCGGAUGAAUGCCUACCCGAUCACCUGGUACUUCAACUGUCGCGAUCCUCCGACGCCGGCCCCAUCCGAGGGUGGUGGCCAUUUCAGUCAAAAUGGUGCCGCCGAACUGGACGAAAACAAAUGUCCGGUCUGCCCGAAGCCGGCCAAGUGCGAGGUGGUGGUUCGAGCUUGUUCCGACACUUCCGGUGAGGGUAUGCAGAUGAGCGAUGCCGAGAAGCAGAAAUACUUCUUCUACUUCAACGUUUAUCUCAGCAAGAAUGGCAAAAAUGGAAAGGCUAUCGCCUCCGGAUUUGAUAAUAACAACAAACUGGAUUAAAGAACGAGUUACGAUUGGUUAGAAAGUUAAAUUUUAAAUUUGAUGUUACAUAUCUGAAGUAAUCGGCUUUCUUUCUUAACAAGAAAUUUCUUCCAUUUCAUAUCAGAAAAAAAAAUGUUUUCUCAAACUUAGAUGGGAAAAAUUUUUUAAUCAAUUAAUCAGACUAGGGUAGCAGUAGCAGAAGAUUUUAGCUUGUUUUCACAUUUUACAGAAAUAAUACGAAUCUUUUUUUCUUUUAAUCUUAAUAAAUAUAAAAGCUGUUGACCAGUAGAAUAGGCGUUAAGAAUUUCUAAAACUUUCAAUCUUGUGAUAUUUCUCAAA